AUGACCAGUCUCACUGCUAAGGACAAAAGCGCUGUCAAGGCCUUCUGGGCUAAAAUUGCUCCCAAGGCUGAUGACAUCGGCGCGGAUGCGCUGUCCAGGAUGCUGGUCGUGUACCCGCAGACCAAGACCUACUUCUCCCACUGGAAGGACUUGAGUCCCGGCUCUGCCCCCGUGAAGAAGCACGGAAAAACUGUGAUGGCUGGAGUUGCUGAUGCUGUGUCCAAGAUCGACGACCUGACUGCCGGUCUUCUCACCCUCAGUGAGCUGCAUGCUUUCACUCUGCGAGUGGACCCUGCCAACUUCAAGAUCAUCUCCCACAACAUCCUUGUGGUCCUGGCCAUCAUGUUCCCCGCUGACUUCACCCCUGAGGCCCAUGUGGCUAUGGACAAGUUCCUGGCUGCUCUGGCUCUGGCCCUGUCUGAGAAAUACAGAUAAACAGCUGGAGCAGAAGACUGAGACUUCAGCAAGAGUUCACUCUGCAGAGAAUAA